CUCACUCUCCGACUUGCUCUCCUCUCUUCUGUACCCUCAUGUUUCCUGUAAUGAUGCUCUUGAAGAAUUCUGCUUCUGGCAGAAGGCUUGUGGUUCACAAGGAUUCAGCUCCACUCAUGAUGAGCUUUCACGCUCGUCGGAUUUUUGCUUGGCUUCUCCGGCUGAUUGUGCAACUCUCAACCUUCUUAUGCAAAAAAUUGCAUUGCGAUCAAAAGAAGAAGUCCGUUGAGUCUCAGAAGGAGGAGUUGAUGCGGUUGUACAUGGACGCCAAGCACGCUGGGUUCGUUGUGGAGACCUGCCCUCCCGAGACAGCCACAGAUGUCGCGCGACGACGUUUCCGAGAGAUUGUUUCUACUGGAAAGCUCAUGUCGAGUGCAAGGAGGAGUCAAAGAUCGUCCAUGCAUGUUGAGAGGCGAUUGCAAUACGAAGUGUUCUCAAGGCAGUACUAAGCCUUUCGAAAUUCCCUGUGUCUUGCUGUUUGUUUAGUUUGUUCAUUUUUGUAUAUUAUUUCAAUAAAGUUGUACUUUUACUCUC